UAGCAUAAAGACUGGAAGCAGAGGGAAACUGCUAGCGUAGCUUAGCAUAAAGACUGGAAGCAGAGGGAAACUGCUAGCGUAGCUCCACAGGUGUCGACUUUGUGUCACUUCCUGAUGUCACCUGCCUUUAAACUAAAUGUUGUCUGGUCCUGUGUCGCCAUGGAAACGCGUCGUCACUUCCUGUUCCAGCAUGAAAGCAUGAUGUCAUUAGCCUGCUUGUGUUGAAGCUGAUUGGUCGCUUGCAGUCACAUGUCUGUAUAUUGAUCCACUUUUUAUUUAUAUAAAGUUGUAAAAAUUUAAAAAGUUUAUGUAGAAAAAAACUGUAGAUUUAGAUGAAAUUAUAAGUGAUCAAUAGAUAUUCAAAUCAAUAUUUAAAAUCAAACGAAUGAUUCAGUUAAAGUGACAGAUGAAAGUAAUUAAAGCUUUUUUAAUUGAUUUCAGCAGAAAUAGCUGAGUCUGCACUUCCUGUUCGUAUGUUGCUGUUUGUUGUAAAUGUCACAUGUUGAAACUUUGCACUCGUGAUGUAAAAAAUAAAGUUUUUUCUUCUGAAAUAAGAAACUUGGCUGUAAAUGAGUCCAGAAAUAAUAAUCAGAUCAAUCAUCUAUCUAUCUAUCUAUUAUCUAUCAUCAAUCGAUCAGCAGUUAAACAUGUGGAGCCAACAGUUGGUACAGUUGGUGAUAUCAGACCUGAUGCAUGUAUGAAGCGUGUUGGAUUCAACAUGUGAAACAGAGCAGGAGGGUUUUUAUAUGAACACAGUACAACGCUGCCCUCUAGUGGACGUCCUGGUUUCCUGCUGCUCCAGACAGUAAACUAACUGAUACAUGAUCAAUUAUUAAACUUACUGUAUCAUAUCGGAGGAAUGACAGGUGAUGAUUAUGGGUAUUGAUUGCAUGAUUAGUGAGACUCAGUUUCCUCAUCUAAGGGACAUAUUGAUGGAUCGAGGAAUGAGACUGAUGAAGAUAGUGUCAGACAUGGCUGGAUCCUCUUCAUGCUGUUCAUUCUACUUCAGUUAAAUACAAGAAGCUCGACUGUAAAUGACCAAGAGUUCAAACAGUAUAUUGAUCAUUUGGGAGAGAAACUUACUGUAAUUAUUAUAGAGGAGACAUGUUGAAACCACAUCUGGACUGUUUUAUAAAGAGAAUCUUUCCACAUUCAUACUGAAUGGAUUAUUAGUAUAUUAGUCAUAUAAUAUUAGUUAUAAGUUUAUACAUGUAAGCACAGAUCAUUGAUCAGCUGUGACUGUUACUAGAAAUCUCCUGAUGGUGAAUGUUAUCAAAUGCUGCCACACAUGACAGAUAAUCCAGUGGGCACAGUGUUACUGGCCUUCAGUGUGGAGGGGGGGGGCAGCUCUUCUGUUAUCUGGGUGUUGGCUCCGGCCCACAGUAGCCUGUGUUCCUCAAUCAAGUUGCAGCAGAAACCGACUAACGUCCCCCCCCCCCCUAUCUCUGUUUGACAAAGAAGCUUCAUCAUUGACAAGAAGUAACAGAAACCUUCAGUUAGAGUCUCUGCAGCAGCUGUUCUUUUUGGCGGGUUUGUCUGAUCAUGUGAUUUCAGAGAAACAGAAGUGAAAGUGAAGCUGAUCAGACAGACUGAGCUCAGCUUCACGCAGCUUCUCCAACCAGCAGAAUCUGUCCUGAACAUCAGCAGACUGUUAAACUCCUGCAGCUGGAAAACUUUCUGACUGAAGUUUCAUUUACAAUCAAAGCCAAAAGCUCAACUCGUUCAACAGACGCUCAGUUUGGAGAAACCUCCUGAAAAUGGCCUCAAGUACAAAAAGAAGAAGACUGAGUAAAGAAAUGCCGCCAGAUUUGUCAGAAUUAAUGAACAAACUUACUGAACAUGCUGCUUCAUUCAUAAGACUGUUUGAUAACGAUGAACCAAAGAUGAGAGACAUUGUAAGAAGGUUCCAGAAGAUCGCUGCUGAAGUAAGAAAGAACCAGGAGACAACAGAUGGAGCCAGAACAGCUGGAACUGUUGGUGGAGGAGUCGGUGUUGGAGUUGGACUCUUGGCCCUUCUAGCAGCUCCGCUCACUGGAGGGGCGAGUUUAGCAGUAGCAGCAGUAGCAACAGGAGCAGGAGCUGUUGGAGGAGCAGCUACUGUAGUUGGUGCAAACAUAUCAAAAAUAAUGACAGAGAAAGGAAGUGCAGAGAAAGUAGAAAAACUGGGAAAAGAAUUCAUGGAGAUUGUUGAACCGCUGAAGAACAAGCUGCAGGAAAUCAAGACGACGUGUGAAAAGUUGGAGCAAAGAUCAACUGAAGCUCUGACUGACGACACUCUGUCAGACAUGGAAGAGUUUCACAUGAUUCUUAGACGGGUGUCUAAACUGAAAGAGAAGAGUAAAGACAUGUUGGUUACAGUUCUAGAGGGGAUGGGUAUAAUAGGUAACCUGGUAACGCUCCUUGUAAGAGUCAUCAGAGUCACUGCGACUCCUGAAGAGGAUAAAAAGUUGAGAGACUCCAUCCUCCAGUCAGCUGAUCAGUGUCAGAAGGUCGUUGAUGAGUUUGAUAAGAUGAAGAACGAACUCAGAAACUUCACAGAAAGUAAAGAGAAGAAAUAAACAAGCUGCAGGAUGAAGAAACACAAAGACUGUGAUGAUGAACAGUUGGUAUUUUAACAUUUUCAAGAGUAAAGACUAAAAACCAGUAAAGACUAGAACCAGUAAAGACUAGAACCAGUAAAGACUAGAACCAGUAAAGACUAAAACCAGUAAAGACUAGAACAAGUUAAGACUAGAACCAGUAAAGACUAGAACCAGUAAAGACUAGAACCAGUAAAGGAUGGAUGAUGAAUCAUCCUUCUUCUUCUUCUUCUGCUGCUUUUAUCUCUGCAGUCGUGAUUUUUGAGGGAAGCUGCAUCUUUCUGUCGUCUGAAUUGAUCAGAAACUGUAAAAAUUUGUAAAAUAUGUUUGUGGAUUUAUCAAACCAGUGUUUAAUGUUACUGUGUUUUACAACCAUUCAUUAGUUUGAUAUGAUGGAAAUUCAAUCUCUGCUUCACAUAUUAUUGCAUUUGAUUUAUUUGAUAUUAAACAGUGUGAGUGUUUGAUUUAGCUGAAGUUUGAUUACUAUGAUAAUGUUUCCUUAAUAGAUUUAAUUACAGAUUAGCAAAUACAGGAUUAUUGAUUUUAUUCUGUAUUUUAUGUGGUUAAUCAAUAAUGCAGUCUCUAAAUGUUCUCAGUGUUUCGUGAUGUGUUGACGACAUUGACGACAGAAUGAGUGAAUGUUUAAUUUGCAGAUAAAGUUGGAAACCAGUUUACUGUCCACACAAAGGAAUUAAUCAAUAAUCAAUGAGGUCCCUCAAAAGAUCAUCAAAGGAUCCUCUUCCUCCAAAAACACCUGCUAGACUCUAAGAAGCUUCUUCUUCUUCUUCUUCUUCUUCUUCUUCUUCUUCUUCUUCUGUGCUUUUCAGGCUUUGUUGUUGUUUUUUAUGACUGAGAGCUGAAAACUCCAGAAAGAGACUCAACUAAAAAACAAAAGACAGCAAAGAUGCUUCAAACCGUCUGACUGUUGAAUAAUCUGUUAUUUUAAUCUGUUAUUCUUAUCGUAGUUAAACUUUUUAAAGACUCUUGUGAUUAGUUUAGAGCUCCAUGUGUCCGACUGUGCAGCCUGACAGUGAACGCACCGAGACUGAGACUCAGAAGGGAAACAUCCACCUCGCUUCUGUCUCAGAGUCGAUACAACAACUCUUCAAAAUCACAUUUUAUUGGCUCUAGUUAGAGUCUUGGCCCCUCACUGUGUUUUUGACUCGUUUUUGAUAACAUUCAUUUAUUUUAGUUGUAUAUAUGUACAGUAUAUAUAUAUAUAUGUGUGUGUGUGUAUAUGCUUACUGGUUCCCAGUCAUCCCUGUUCCUCGGUAGUUAAAGUCGUUGUAUUUGUUCCUUUAUAUCACAGAUGGAGAUCACUGUAAUCAUGACUUUCACAUAUAAUUCAUUUAAUUAUUCUUCCUCCUAAUUAUUAAUAAUUAAUGAAUGGACGGAGGUGGUGCCUCUAUAAUUUUACCAGUGCAUCUUAUUAAUCUGCAGGUGUCGUGUUAUUCCUCCAUAUAACCCAAAACUAAACAGACUGCUGAUAGAUAUCAGAGAAGCAGCUCCAUAAAUAAACAGAAAACUUUCCUGAUAGAACUUCUUUCUGCACUGCUGCUGCUUUUAAAAUGUUGUAUUUUACUUACUUUACUUUUUAUUAUUAUUAUCAAGUGGUUU